GGCCCGGAGCUGUCUGGGGCCAGAGGCCUCCGCUGUGAGAAAGCCAGGCUGGCUGUGGCCUCCCAUCCGUUCCCCACGCGGUCGGGAAAGGCACUCCAGCAGUUCUGGGGCGCUGGCCUCGUGUCGGCCCCCAGAAGGCUGCCCACCACUCGCCUGGCACCAGGACUGUCUCCCAGACCCACCUCUGGACCCAUGUCCCGGGCAUCCCCCUUGCUGGACAGCAGGCUCCCGGCGUCCACCAGCGGCUCAGUGCCCCGGGGUCCCAGGAAGGGCGGCCCAGUGGACAGGACGGACAAGACAGCGACGAUGCCCGACUCACCUGCAGAAGUGAAGACGCAGCCCCGCUCCACACCCCCUGGCAUGCCGCCCCCACCACCUGCCGCAUCGCAGGGGGCCACCCGACUCCCCUCCUUCACACCACACACAAAUGGAGAGGACGGACCCACGAUGUCCCUGCCCCAUGGCCGUUUUCAUGGCUGCUUAAAAUGGUCUAUGGUCUGUCUUUUGAUGAACGGUAGCCACUCUCCGACAGCCAUCAACGGUGCCCCAUCCAUGCCCAGUGGCUUCAGCAAUGGCCCAGCCACUUCGUCCACAGCCUCGCUGUCCACACAGCACCUGCCCCCUGCCUGUGGGGCACGGCAACUCAGCAAGCUCAAGCGAUUUCUCACCACCCUGCAGCAGUUUGGCAGCGACAUCUCCCCAGAGAUCGGGGAGCGUGUGCGCACACUGGUGCUGGGGCUCGUGAACUCCACGCUGACCAUUGAGGAGUUCCAUUCCAAGCUCCAAGAGGCCACCAACUUCCCUCUGCGUCCAUUCGUCAUUCCCUUCCUGAAGGCAAACCUGCCCUUGCUGCAGAGGGAACUCCUGCACUGCGCCCGCCUGGCCAAGCAGACCCCUGCCCAGUACCUGGCCCAGCAUGAGCAGCUCCUGCUGGAUGCCAACGCCUCCUCCCCCAUCGACUCCUCGGAGCUCCUCCUGGAAGUCAACGAGAACGGCAAAAGGAGGACACCUGACAGGACCAAAGAGAACGGGUCAGACCGUGACCCGCUGCACCCCGACCACCUCAGCAAACGGCCCUGUACCCUGAGCCCCGCGCAGCGCUACAGCCCCAGCAAUGGGCUGCCCCACCCCACACCACCGCCACACUACCGGCUGGAAGACAUAGCCAUGGCCCACCACCUCCGUGACACCUAUCGCCACUCUGACCCCCGGGAGCUGCGGGAGCGCCAUCGGCACCUCGCGGUACACGGGUCCCGGCAGGAGGAAGUGAUCGACCACAGGCUCACGGAGCGGGAAUGGGCCGAGGAGUGGAAGCAUCUCAACAACCUCCUGAACUGCAUCAUGGACAUGGCUGAGAAGACACGGCGGUCACUCACGGUUCUGCGCCAGUGCCAGGAGGCCGACCGUGAGGAGCUCAACCACUGGAUCCGGCGCUACAGUGACACGGAGGACACCAAGAAGGGCCCCGUACCUGCCACUGCCCGGCCCCUGAACAGCUCCGUGGGUGCAGAGGGCUCUCAGCUAGACGCCCACCGGGAGUUCAUGCCUAGGACCCUCUCCGGCUACAUGCCUGAGGAGAUAUGGAAGAAGGCUGAAGAGGCGGUGAAUGAGGUGAAGCGGCAGGCGAUGUCUGAGCUGCAAAAAGCCGUGUCAGAUGCCGAGCGAAAAGCCCACGAGCUCAUCAGCACAGAACGUGCCAAGAUGGAGCGGGCCUUGGCUGAAGCCCGGCGGCAGGCCUCAGAGGACGCUCUGACUGUCGUCAACCAGCAGGAGGACUCCAGCGAGAGCUGCUGGAACUGCGGGCGCAAGGCCAGUGAGACAUGCAGCGGCUGCAACGCGGCGCGCUACUGCGGCUCCUUCUGCCAGCACCGGGACUGGGAGAAGCACCACCAUGUGUGUGGCCAGAGCCUGCAGGGCCCCGCGGCCGCCGUGGCCGACCCGGGGCCUGCACAGCCCGACGCCACGGCCAGCCUGGGCCCCUGCCUGCCCGCAGGAGCUGCCAGCCCUAGUGAGGCCAGCUCCGCGGGCCCGUCCCGCCCCGGCUCCCCCGGCCCACCUGGGCCCCUGGACGCCGCGCCCCGCUGACCCCCCACCGCCCCGGCCCACGGAGGCCACACCCUCUGGCUCCUCUGGCCCCCCCAGCCCGCCGGACGCUGCCCCGGCUCUGGGAGCCACUGCUGCUACUGCUUCUCUCCAAAAGUAAACAGAACCAACAAAAACUGCAUCAACGCAACUUCCUCAGCUACCUGACGGUCUCACGCCAUGACCGCUCCAAGCGUCCUCAGAGCCCCCCACUGAGCUUUAGCCGAAGGAGCAGUGGCCUGAGUGUGACCGGCCUGUCCCUCCUCCACCUGGCCCCUUCCCGCUCACGCUCCUGUUUUUCUGUCUUUCUGACUCUCGUAUACUUUCUCUUUACUGAAAAAAUCUGUUUGGUGGCUUAUAUUCUCAGUGAAACAUUUUGGGGGGUUUUGUGGAACAGACCUACUCAGAAGUGGACAAGGAAAGGGGGGUUUUGUCCCCUUCCUGAUGAAAAAGGGAAACGGAAAUUCACAUCUUAACUGCUGGAGGUCUGAGCCGCUGUGGCCCAGCGCCACCCCAGGGGCAUGUGGCCAACGCGGUGAAGAUGGUAAGAAAGACUUCAAUUUCCAACUCAAGAAACAUUUUCCAGAUUUUUUUUUCCUUUAGUGUCAAACUCUUUGGCUUUAAGUAGAAAUCCAAAAAGUUUUUUUUUUUUUUUUUAAAAAAAAAAAAAAAGGAAAGAAAGCAUACCUGUAAACUACCUUGCCAGCUAGCCAGCCAAGGAUGCCGGACACACCUCUGCUCCAAAGGAAAUCCAAAAAGCAAACACAAGAAGUCAAAAUCCAAAAUGGUUUUGUCACUGCCAAAGUAUCUCGUCCACGGUUUUCCUCCCCUCUUGGAUCUGUUCAGGUGUCGUCCUGCUCUCUUGCUUUGAUCUGUGUUUGGGGUGUGGGGACUUUGGGGUUGGGGGGGUUUCACUCAAUGAGAAGGAACGUGUGUUUCUCUGCCAUGACUGCUGGCGCAAGGGAGGGUGCCCUGCCCAUGUGCGUGCGCAUCCUGUGUCCCUCUGUGCAGGGGGCUGCCCCGUCUGUCCUCACACCUCCAUGAACUGUCAUCACGUCGCGUGUUUGCCACUUGUGACAAAGCGCUAAUGUGUCCUGCCCGAGAGAGAAUCUCUCUGGAACAAAACUGUGACAAUCUUUCGGGUUGUUCUUGACUGCUUCUCAGAGCUCCAGGAGACAGCAGCCAGGCCAUGUAGGUGCUAUGGCUCUGUGCCUCCUCCUCUACCUCUCCUCCCACCCUCGGGGCCGCCCCCUGCCCACCCACCCCCAACCCCCCUGCAUCUGUCCCCUCACUCCUCCCUCCACCGGGUGCAGAAACAGCAGGAAAGCUUCCAGCAGAAGUGGUCUGCCCUUACCAGCCUCGGUGGACGAACUCAGCCAUCUAUGGCAGGGAGGCCCAUGGUUCCUGCCAGCUGCUCCUGGGGGACUCAGUCUCUCGGACCACCACCCCCCAGCCCUGUACCCUCACCUCACCUGGAGGAAAUGAAGGAGUAAGGAAGCCCUGGCGUGUGCCCUGUGGGAGGAUCCACAGCAGACGCGGCCCCCCGCCCUAGCAUUUCCCCACAUUGCUGUGAGGGAUUACCAGGGCAGCCGUGCAAUACGGGGAGUGAUCAGCUACUGAAACCGGGGCUCCUGGGGACCCCGCUGAGAGGAAGAGGUCAAUAGUAUAUGCUAAUGUGAAUGUACAUAGUCCUUGCAGAGGUCCAAAUAAUGAUAUUCAUGGUGAUAAUAAAGAAGGGAUGUUUGCCAAAUAAAAAAAGAGAGAGAAACCGCGCAAGUAUAUAAAGCUUAGGAAGUAGAUUUUCAAAGAAAUCUGAACUGUGGCCCGCAGGGAGCAGUGGGUUUGUAUGAUUGCUGUAAUUUUUCCAGAGCUGUAGGAAUUCCUCGUUGGGUCCUGAGAGGAAGGGUUCUAACUGGCACUGCAGACUGGGCGCCGUUCCAAAUCCUGCCUCGAGGUGGAACCCGAUCCUGAAAGUCCAGACAGACCUAUGUUAUCCUCCAGAAACACCCACCAGCUCCAGUCCCAGAGCUGUGUUCCCCAUAGAGGUUUGCUUUGUGGGUUUCAGAAAAGCAAGGACCAGUUUGGGAUCUGGGCUCCCAACCGGACACUGGAAGCCCACCCACCUGUCAUGUCUCUCAGGCUGCUCUUUGUCUCAGGCACUCAGUGAACAUGCAAAAACAGUUUGGAACGCGCAUCUUAGAGGUGGGUGCCCUUGGACUGUCUCCUCCAAGAUUGUGCUGGUGAAUGGCGGUGUCCAAAGGGUGCCUAUCCUGGGUAUACCGCGGAUCUGGGUGAGCAGGUCCAAGGCCCCGAUGACUCGUGUCCCUGGCGUCAGGACCGGGCUGAGGCACGGAAGAGCCUUCAGCUGGAACCCGCUGCUGUGCCCUGCCAGCCUGUCUCCCUGCCAUACCCCAGGCUGAAAGUCCAGCCCAGGGCUGCCCCUCCCACCCUCGCUGUUAGGAACAGGUCACCCUCAGGGCAGCUACAAAAGGCCAUUUUUCCAGUGUGGUUCCCACAUCCAUGCCCAGGGGGCUGCAGCAGCCUGGCACAAAGAGCUGCCCACAGGCUGAUGGAUGGAGCCCCUGCCGGCAGAGGGGAGAGAACAUGGCAGGGUCGGGGUAUGGCAGCCAGGUCGGGUGGAGGGCUUGCAGUGCUAAAGCAGAGAAGCAGAGGACUGAGCCAGCAGGAGGGGGAUGUCCUGGGAAGUGCUGUGUCUGCAAGUGCCCGGCAGCUCCUCUCACCCAGGGAAGCCUGAGGAGGGCGUGGGAGCUUGUCUGGGUUUGGGGAGCCGGUGUUCCUGUCCAUCACCAUGCUCAGGCCCCAUUCGGCCAAAGACCUCACAGCAGAACCAACAGCCUCGGGGAAGGGCUGAGGGCGAGUUUCUGCAUCAGGAGAUAGGCUGGUGGCAUAAAUGUGGAGUAUACACCUGCUUUUCUCACACAGAGGGGAUCUCCAGAAGGGGGGCCUAGCCUCCUGCUCUCUGCUACCUUCCAGACCUUGUGAACCAUUGGCCAGCAGUGCAGCGUGCAAGGCUCUCCCUCCCACUGGCACCACCAGGUUAGACACACAAGUGACCCAAAUGCUCAGGGAAAGGCGGCUGCUCAUAGAGCCUCCCUCCCUGUAAAUCAAACCAAAAGGGCUCCUUUCCCAUCCUUAGGCCAAAGCUACUGCAGGAAGGCAGAGCUCCCUGGUCCAGGGCCAAGUCACAUAUGGUGCACAGUCGGGAAUAACGAGAAGGGUGCUGGCACCCUAGGCCCUCUCAACCCCCAGCGUGUGACCCCUCAACCUUUCCCACACCCUCCUCUAUCUUCUUGCUUCCCAUCCUGCCCUGGACCCAGGUAGCCUUUCCUUUAGGACAGGUCACCAUCCCCAGGUGGUGUCUGCAGAGUGUUCUCUACGAAGACCACCGCCUCCUUCCACAUGUGAACAGGCUGACACACCCCAAACGCCAUCUGAAUAGGGGGUCCUCAUUCCCACAGCUCACUGGGACCAAAGGGAAGACGUGGGUGUUACCAGGGACAAAGAGGAAAGAUGGAGAUAGCCUUGGGGUCCAGGAGGGUCAGGCCAGGAUGAGAGGAGCCAGGUGCUCCGACAAGAGACUGCCCCAUGGUCUCCACAGGUGGGGCCACUCAUCCAGGCCUCUAGAGGUUCAGCAGCAGGGGAGAGGCUGGGAAAUACUGGUUUUGGUUUCAUCUUAAUGACAUGGUGCAAAGGGAUCAGGACAGGCCCUGACUUUCUCCUUUUGCCAACUUUCCCAAAUAUAUCUUCAAAAUGACACCAAAGCCCCUUCACUGUCAUCCACUCAUCCUGCCUUCCGCCUUAGUCUAGCCAGCACGUUUGGUUGUUAUUCUGCAUAUCCCCCCGCCACCCGCCGCCAACCUAUAAUUGUUUUUCCAUUCUUUUAUUUCAUCAGCUCACUCUUCUGACCAAUCCAUCAUCUGUCUGGCCAUCCAUCAAUCCACCCAUCCAUUCACCCACCCAUCCACAUAUCUACCCAUCCAUCCACCCAUCCUUCCAUCCAUCCAACCACCCACUCGUCUAUCUAUGCACCGAUCCAUCUGUCCACCUAUCCAUCUGUCGGUCCAUCCAUCCAUCCACCCAUCCACCUAUCCAUCCAUUUAUCCACCCUCCCAUCCAUCCAUCCAUCCAUCCACCUACCCACCCAUCCAUCCACCCACCCGUCUUCCAUCCAUCCACCCAUCAACCUACGCACUCAUCUAUCCACCCACCCAUCCAUCCACCUAUCCAUCGACCCAUCCCUCCACCCUCCCAUCUAUCCACAAAUCUACCCAUCCAACCGUGCAUCCAUCCGUUCAUCCAUAUAUCCACUCAUCUAUCCACCCACCCAUCAAUUCACCCAUUCAGGCAAACACCCACCCAUCUAUCUGCCAACCAUUAUUCUAUCCCAGCUAUCACUUGAUUCCACCCUCCCCCAUUCAAACUUUCACCUAAUCACCCGUCUCUCCACCAUCUACCUCCAAACACAGCAUGCGUGGAUCUGUCCAUCUGUUCUCCAGUCUCACACAGCCAUGUUCAGUCUGUCCAUCCUACCCGCCUCCCCAUCCACUGAGCCCAGAGUAGCAUCACCAAGUCCUCCAGUGUUCCAAAGCUACAAUAGCAUCUUGGGUCUUCCCAUGACCUUAACUGCCCUGAAGGAAUCUGCCUGUGGGCUUAGCCGGCCUCCUCCCAUGCCUCAACCAUUGGUCCAGGCCUGCUCCAGGGACAGAUAAAGCUCUGCUGCAGGCAUUGUGAGUCAAUUGGACCGAUGUCCUAGCAACAGCUUUGGCCAGUCUGGGUUUGCCUGGCAAGUGUGGUGGCCAUGGGCCAGGAGUGCUCAUUGGGAGAUGGCCCACACACCUGCUCAGGGGCCCUGUGACCAGGGCCACCAGUCAGGGUGAGCACAUUCCCUGGCAAGACCCCAACAUUGUGGGUGUCCUGUCCUUGUCUCCAGGGGUCAUUGCCUGGAGGAGGUGUCUUCAGGAAAGGAUGGGGAGGAGGGAGAAAGAACCCAGUGCUCCUGGAACUCUUCUUCCCAGGGGGUUCAUGACUUGCUCCCAUCAUCCAUCCUGGGCUAUCAGUCUCUGGAAAUCAGCCCUUUAGAGCUCUGGAUAGCUGUAGGAACAGCUAUCCUGUGCAAGCUGAAUUUGGUUGAUGGCAGGAGCUGUUCUUUGGACACUAGAGGAUUUCCCAGCACUUCCUAGCCUCAGGCUCCCUGCCACAUGUUAUCUUCCAAAAUGGGGCUGGGAGCAAAGCCCCCAGAUGAUGGUCCUGCUAGCAGGACUGGAGGAGAAAGCAGAACACGAGCUAGAUUGGGAGGGGAGGCACAUCAGCUUUUCUCGUCCAUCCACCUCUCGGGUAAGGCCCAGGGAGCCCAGUGCCUGCGACAGUGCGUAUCUGGUCUCCACAGUUCUGGGAAACUCCAUCUUGCAUGGUUUCUAUUGCUUUUGUUUCAAUUCAGCUGGCUCCUGGAGUGCCACCCCAGAGACCCCUUCUAGCAGUCAUACAACAUCUGGACUCAAAUUGGAGCCUGUUUUUUAAAUAUUAGAAUGGAGGCAGUGGUCACCCUUGCUGUCCAGUGGGAUGAGGGAGCCCAGCCGGGCUGGCCUUCCAGGGAACAGGCCCGGGGCUCGGCCAUGCAUGGCCUCGUGGGGAUUGGAUGGAUUUUUCCUCCUCUUCUCUUUUUAUACCUCCCCAAAGGGAGCUGGAGCGAGUAUUGGUUUGUUUUUCUGUGACGGGUUUUCCUUAGCACUGGGGCACCCAUGGCAUGCCGUCCCUGUUGCGUGUCCCCCUUUGACCUGGGUGCUGUAAGACGUCAUGAUUCAGGUCACGUCCAUUAUCUGUGUCGUGUAAUAAAGCCAACAUUUGCCAUCA